AAGAAAUUGAGGUUAUGUAUACUUGUAUACAACAAACGAUAUAAAAUCGAAUAUUUAAUGGAUUUGGAAUGUUUAAACACUAUCGACUGCAAACAAGGAGCCGUCAGAGCAGUUAGAUUUAAUGUGGACGGUUCCUACUGCUUAACCUGCGGUUCGGACAAGAAAAUAAAGCUGUGGAAUCCUUAUAAGAGCCUUUUACUUAAAACUUACGGAGGUCACGGGAAUGAGGUAUUGGACGCUUGUGGAUCAUGUGAUAGCAGUCAAAUAGUAUCGAGUUCUUCGGACAAAUCGAUUAUCGUAUGGGAUGUCUCCACCGGACAGCCCACUCGGAGGUUAAGAGGACAUGCCGCAAGCGUAACCUGCGUGAAAUACAACGAAGAAUCAACGAUAGUCAUUUCGGGAAGUUUGGAUAACACCGUGAUGUGCUGGGAUGUCAAAUCUAGAUCUCAAGACCCCGUACAAACUUUGAAAGAUGCCAAAGAUUGCGUUACCUCGUUGCAAAUUACCGACCACGAAAUUCUUGCCGGGUCCGUGGAUUGUUCGUUUAGAAGAUACGAUUUGAGGAACGGGAAAUGCGAUUCAGAUUUCGUAGGAGCCCCAGUGAUUUCCUUGUGUUUCUCGCACGACGGGCAGUGCAUUUUAGCCGGCUCCGCUGACAAUACGGUAAGAUUGUUCGAUAAGACCACCGGAGAAAUGCUGGGCGAGUAUUUGGGACACAAAACUCACGACAUGAACGUGGAAAGUGCCAUCAUCACUAACGAUAACUUCGUUCUAUCCGGCUCGAUUACUGGAGAAAUGUGGUGUUGGGAUUUAGUUAGCGCCGAAGUGGUCAAUAAAUUCAUACACACUCCCAACAAAGUUUUGAAUUCGUUAAGCGUCCAUCCUAGAAAAGAUCUCGUUAUGACUGCCUCUGUAGGUACAGUUAAAGUUUGGGGUACACCCGAAGAUUUAAUUGCAGAUGAAUAAUUGUAAAUGAAUUAAUAAAAUUAUGAUUUUAAUUAAUAAAGCACACAUUUUCCACAACUAUUACCUUAAUCUAAAUAUCACAUUAAAAUUUAAUCAGUCAUUUUACUUCUCCCGACGGUUUUGGGCAUUUUUUUAUUGGUAGAAUCUUCCAAUUCCUUGGCCUUGUAGUAAUGAGGCGCCACCUCCAACAGCCACUUACUCUCGAUUUCGAUCACUUGCCUCAUAAACUCUUUCGUCGUGAACACUAAUUCGUGGUACAACACCCACCGUGGCAACGUUUCGAACAAAGCACUGUUCGGGUGGAUAGUAACACUUUGAUUGUGCUUCACCGUUUUGUAACUGCCUCCUUUCGAAAACCUGGCUAUGUGAUAGAAAUAUCCGGAAGUAAUAGCCUUGCGAAUGUUGUCCGUUUCAUCGAUUCCUGACACCAUUUCGAUUUCUACUCUCUGCAUUAAAUUGACUAACUGUUCUCUGACGUCUCUGGCUCGUUUCAUCGAUCU